AUGGGCGACAGAGUGGCCAUGAUUGAACGUGCAUGCAGAGAGAUGGAGUCAAGUGGAAAAAUAAAGAUCGUACGAACCAGUAGUUUGUGGGAGAGCAAAGCCAUGUACGUACUCGAUCAGGACAACUUCGUCAAUGGUGCCUGUCAGAUAGAAACUAGUCUGUCACCAAUCGAACUCUUAGACGCGCUUCAGAAAGUUGAGAAUGACAUGGGCCGCGUCAAAGUCAUCGACAAAGGACCCAGAAAUAUUGAUUUGGACAUUUUACUUCAUGGAAACGAGAAAAGUUCCAGCGAAAGACUUACGAUCCCGCAUGCGUUGAUGUUCGAGAGGCAGUUCGUUCUACGCCCUCUUGUUGAACUUUUGCGCAAUCAGCGUGAAGAUUACCCAUUCUCGAAUCAAAUUAAACGCCAUUUCAAAAGACUCCUUAAAUCAGAGGUGCCGCUGGUGCCGCUGACGCCACUUGGACCAGAUCUAUCCCCAAUAUCGUCUUCUCGGAUAGCGGAUAACACAAGGAUCAUGUCUAUCCUAAAUGUCACACCAGACUCAUUCUCAGAUGGCGGCCAAAAUUACAAUAUCGAUGAAGCAACCCUAGCGAACACCAUUCGCGAACACAUCUCGGCCGGAGCCACCAUCAUCGACGUAGGCGGACAGUCAACACGACCCGGUGCUGUCCAGGUCUCCGCCGACGAAGAGCUAGCACGUGUCAUCCCAGCUGUAAAGCUGAUCCGCUCAAUGCCAGAGGCAAACAACAUCGCAAUCAGCGUUGACACAUACCGCGGCAGCGUCGCCGAAGCCGCCAUUAACGCCGGCGCAAACAUGAUCAACGACGUCAGUGCAGGUGCCAUGGACGACACGAUGCUUUCCACCAUGGGAAAACUUGGCUGUACAGUCUGUCUCAUGCACAUGCGCGGCACGCCGGAAACCAUGACCAGCCCUGAAAUGACAUCCUACCCCAACGGCAUCAUAGAGACAGUAGGCCGCGAACUCGUCGAGCGCGUUAUUGCUGCGGAACAUGCGGGUGUCAGGCGCUGGCGUAUCGUUCUCGAUCCUGGUAUUGGCUUUGCGAAGACAAAGGAACAUAAUCUUGAACUACUUCGCCGACAGGAUGAGUUGAUGAGGUAUCCGGGUCUAGAAGGCAUUCCUUGGCUUGUGGGCACGAGUCGGAAGAAGUUUAUCGGCGAUAUUACUGGGGUCAAGCAAGCGAAAGAUAGGGUCUGGGGGACUGCUGUUGGGGUGGCAGCGGCUAUCAAGGGUGGUGCGCAGAUUUUGAGGGUCCAUGAUGUUAAGGAGAUGGCGCAGGUUGCGAAGAUGGCGGAUGCGUUGUGGCGCCCGUGA